ACAGCUUUUAUCUCUGUUGAAAAAAUCAGAGCAUCAGGCCACCCACUCCUUUAAUUCUUGACUCUCCUUUUUCCUAUCUCUUCUUACUUUCAUUAUCCUCUGUUCCAUAUAUUCAUGGCAUCAACAUCAACACCACCAGGGUCAUCUUCAGAGCUAAGUAUCACAGUUGAAAGCAAUCCUUCAAAAUCAAGAUUAUCAGAGCUGGGUAUAAAUUCGUGGCCCAAAUGGGGCUGUCCACCUGGGAAGUACAUGCUGAAGUUCGACGCAGAAGAAACGUGCUACUUGGUAAGAGGAAGAGUGAAGGUGUACCCAAAAGGCUCAUCAACUGAGUGUUUUCAGUUUGGUGCUGGCGACCUUGUUACCAUACCCAAGGGACUUAGCUGCACAUGGGACGUAUCUGUUGCAGUGGACAAGCAUUACAAGUUUGAGUCUUCUUAAGCUUCCACUCCUUCACCCUCUUCCCACUAGUUGAUGUCAAAGCUAAAUAGUUGAAUGUUCAAAUGUUUAUUUUA